AUGGCGGAGGUUGAAAAUAACCCAAAGGCCAAUAUCAGCAAAACCGACAGUGUCGAGCACCAUGAACUCCAUCUCUCCCAUGGCCAGUCCAUCGUCGACAUCAGCUAUGAUAACAAGGGCAUCAGCGGCAUUGUGCGAUCCCCCUACGUGUUUGGUGCCGCCCUCUUGGCCUCCUUCGGUGGCUUCUCCUUCGGCUACGAUCAAGGUGUGAUCUCUCUUAUCCUUACAAUGCCGCAAUUCCGCAAGCAGUUCCCCGAGGUGGCCCCAGGUCACGCCCACUAUGGCUUCAACACCGGCUUUAUGACCGGUAUGCUAGAGUUUGGCGCCUUUGUCGGCUGUCUCUUCUUCCCCAUGCUUGCCGACCGCUACUCUCGAAAGCUGGGUCUCGCCGCGGCGACGGCGUUCUUCUGCGUUGGGGCCAUCAUCCAAACCGCCUCGCACAACUUCGGAACCCUCGUUGCUGGGCGCACUAUCGGUGGUGUCGGCGUGGGGACCCUUGCCAUGGGAGCCCCAUUGUACAUCUCCGAGAUCGCACCCCCAAACCUCAGAGGCUCCCUGCUGGUGCUGGAAGCUAUAUCCAUUGUCAUCGGGGCCAUUAUCGCCUAUUGGAUCACGUACGGCACCCGCGAUAUCGCAGGCGAAUGGGCGUUCAGGCUGCCCUUCCUCCUGCAGAUGAUUCCCGCCCUGACGGUCGGCAUCGGCAUGCAGUUCUUCCCGUUCUCCCCCAGAUGGCUUGCCAUGCGUCACCGCGAUGAAGAAAGCUUGAAAUCUCUCCAGAAGCUUCGACGACUCCCCGAAACAGACAACCGCGUCCAAAUGGAGUGGAAAGGCAUUCUCAGUGAGGUCGAGUUUCAGGAGCGGGUACUUGUACGGGAACAUGGCGCCGACACCAAUAUCAUCCUCCUUGAGUUCAAACAGUGGGGUGACCUCUUCAGGCCGAAGUACCUGCGCAGGACUAUGGUCGCACUUGCGAUUCCGUUCUUCCAGCAAUUCUCCGGUAUCAACGCUUUUGUGUACUAUGCGCCGAUAUUCUUCGCCGCUCUGGGUCAGAGCUAUGAGAUGUCCCUCAUUCUCAGCGGCAUGGUCAACAUCUGCCAGUUCGUGGCCGGUAUCCCCACCUUUCUGUUUCUUGACAAGCUGGGCCGGCGCAAGCUUGCUAUCUUCGGAGGCGUUGCCAUGGGCAUCCCGCACAUGAUCAUGGCCGGGAUCGUGAGCAAGUAUAACGACAAAUGGGUUAGCCACAAAGGCAUGGGUUGGUUCGGUGUCGCUCUUAUCUACAUCUACGUCCUAGCAUAUGCUUGCUCCUAUGGGCCCCUGGCAUGGACUCUGCCGGCUGAAGUAUUCCCCAACUCCAAGCGCGCCAAGGGCGUCGGUGUUGCGACUGCCAUGGUGUGGCUUGCGAACUUCAUCAUCGGCGUCAUUGUCCCCGAGAUGCAGCUCAAGCUCGGGUGGGGCACCUACCUUUUCUUCGGCUGCUUCUGCUUUGCAGCGUCGGUGUUUUCGUUCUUCUUCGUUCCGGAAACCUCGGGCAAGAGCUUGGAGCAAAUCGCAACUGUCUUUGGUGACAAGCUUGGCGAUGAAGAGCGGGAGUUGCAGACACAGGUCGCGGAGGAAGUGUGGACGCAUGGAAGCAGACGGCCCAGCGCAGUUUGA